AUGGCUGGAGCUGGCAGCCGCAGCAGCAUAUUAUAUGUUGACGACGAACCGGCUAUGACAUUCCAUUACACGACGGACCAGCCAGCAUAUGGCAACUGGAUUGGCGUAUGGAAAGCGGAUGAUGCGACCUGGCAGGAGGACGAGGCGGCCAUGAAGAGGGACAGCUCCGUGGCCUGGCACUACGCACGAGGCAUCGACGGCGAGGUGCGUCUGCCCAUCAAAACCACCGGCAAGUACAAGGCAUGCCUGUUUGCAUCGUCGUCAUCCACGCCUCGCACUCUCGCCGGCCCCGAGGAGUUUGAGCUGGCCAGCAACAGUCCAUGCAACGUCGCCACCAACCCGUGCGAGGAUGGCGAGAAGGAAUGCUUUGGCAACUGCAUUUCCACUGCCGACUUGUGCAAUGGCGACGCGUUUGGCGUGUGUCCGUGGACCAGGCCUUCUAUUUGGCAGGGCGGCGUGUGUUGCAAUGGCGGUACUGACGGCACCGAAGGCGGCGACAACUGUACUCCCCAGAUCCCUCCAUGCAACCCAAAGUCAGGCAAGGAAUGUUAUGGCAAGUGCAUCUCCAAGGAUGACUUUUGUCACCCCGAUGCGUUUGGCGUAUGCCCGGCAGCCAAACCUUCUAUUUGGCAGGGCGGUGUGUGCUGCAAUGGCGGCACUGAUGGCACUCAAGGCGGCGAUAAUUGUUCUCCUCAGAUCCCUCCGUGCAACCCAAACUCGGGUAAGGAAUGCUCCGGCAAAUGUAUCUCCAAGGACGCUGAAUGCUGA